GUCGCUCACUUUCUUCUCUCUUCGAGUAAAAACUCUAAUCCUUGUGUCCGCCGCUAGCGAAGAGCGAAGUGAAGAGAACCGUACGGUCGAUCUCGGCGUCAGAUUGGAUCUGCGGGUUCUGUUUCAAUGCCUCGAGAUCCUUCAUCUAAGGAACUUUGUAGCCAUCCUUCUUUUAUUCAAAGCCAAACAUCCCAGUAGAACAACAAACCUUUCAGAAAGAGAUCUCAAUCGUAUCGCAAGCAAUGAAUCCAAAUCCUUCUGAGACACUUGAACGGGUAUUGAUAGAAGAUUCAUACAGUUUUACUGCCUUCCCUCCGUGUCUUAAGGACUAUACCGACUCUCAUCAUCUUCGAUACGCUAUUGAGGGGGGGAUUCAAAACGACACAAGAGUUCCAAGACCGUGAGGGGGGAUUCGAAACGAUACAAGAGUUCCAAGACCGUGACGAAGCAAUAAGACAUUGGGAGACUCAACAGAAGUAUGAUACCCAUUUUUUCGUACACCCAGAAAGAUUUCUGAUUUGCCGAGACAAGCAUGUGAUAAUUUUCCCAAUAAUUAUCACAGAAUUUAAUGGCUGCUGGGUAAAGAUACAUGCUAAAGGUGGUAGUGAUGCUCACAGUCAAGUCACAUAUCAGGAUAUGUGGACGAUAUUCAAGAAGAUCGGGAGGAACAUAAAGUACUUGUCUUCAGAGGCUAAAGCACAGAGACCUCAUGGCAAUCUCCUCAAAGGCACAGGCAUUACACCCGAUCUUCAAGCUUUGUUUCUUAAUUUGGGUGCUGAUGAUACAGAUCCAAUGCUAUAUAAGAAGGACGUUAAAGACUUGCAUCAAUUGUUAUCAUCUUUCAAACUUAAGAAGGUGACGACGGCUAAGCUGACGAAGGAACAGCAGAUUAUCACAGAUUGUGUUGAUAGGUGGAUAAGCUUCUUGUCAGACACUUGUUUGCAAGAUCCAGUUCCAAAAAAAUGGACUAUAGUUUUGGGAACAGCUAUCGAUCCUCCCUAUCUAAAUCACGACCAUGUUCGAUUGAUUUUUAAUUAUCCAGCCUCCUGGAGCAGUACAGAAGAACUCCGAUUCCUCGCAAACAUGUAUAAGUUGUGCUCGGGGGAAAAGUCCGCUACCAACUUGGCUCGAAAUGCAGACUUUGAAAAGCAUCUCAUGGAGUGCAACUAUCAAAAUUGGGAUGCUUGCAUUACGAGUCCUUUAUUAUACAAUGUCUAUGACUUUGGGAGGAAAACGUUAUACUUGGACCACACUGGCAGGCUUAUCAUCAACUCAUUUGUUCUUUUUGCAUACAAUUGCAUCAAGCACUACGACGGAACAGCCCAAAAAUCCCAUACACAAGAAGAAAUCCUUGCUGAGUUACAUAAACAAUUUCCCAAUUUUACCGAGGUUAUCUAUCAGGCCUUUUACAAAGCAGUAGCGAAAGGCUACAAACAUUCCGAAUAUAGUAUUGAGCAAAUAUUGACAGAAAGGAUUUAGGUAGUCGGAGUUAAUUUGUAAUUUUCGCAAUCUUUUUUGUUUUGUUUUUCGGGAUAAUUUAACUUUCUCAUGAUUCUGUUCUA